GAACAUUUUAAAUCAGUUGAGAUUUAAAUCAGUUGAGAGUGUGACUUUUUUAAAAAAACUUUCCCUCUAAACGUUUCCACUUGUGUGUGAAAUUGUUCUGGCUAGGGAAACCCUCCUGCGAAAUUGGAUUAUGUGACGCUUUAAUUCCGCGACGGAACCGAAGUGGGGGUGUCAAAAUAGAAAACAUCUCACAUGGCAGGAGCUCCAAGAUAUCUUCUAACAACACUGAGAUGUCUUAUCAACAGGAGGACGUUCUAGAAAAUAUGCAGUGAAUAGGUUUUGGUAUUAAUAAGUUAUAAUUCGUUUUCUGUGGAAACAACUAUGGAGCAUUAAAAUAUUUUGCAAACCUAUUUUUUAUUCAAACGCGGCCAUGGCGGACAGAAAACUGCCUGGAUGGAUGUCGAACGAUAAAAGCAGUGAGCAAACCAAGGAGCUGUCAAGAUUUCACAAGAAGAAUGUUUUGGAAGAUCAUCUUCCUUAUCUAGAAUUCCCUGGUUCUGUGGUUUACAGUUAUGAAUCCCACGACUGCUCUUUUUUGUCCGAGGAUUUGAGAACCGGCCUCACCCCAGGAUCAGCUGUAGGGUUUGAUAUAGAAUGGCCACCAAGCUUCAUCAAGGGGAAAAUGAAGAAAGUGGCCAUGGUUCAGCUGUGUCCAUCAGAGGACAAGUGCUACCUUUUUCACAUUUCUUCUAUGGCAGGAUUUCCUGCUGGCCUGAAGAGGUUGCUCCAAGAUGAAACUAUCAGAAAAGUAGGGGUUGGAAUAGAUGGAGACAUGUGGAAACUAAUGAGUGACUUUGACAUCAAAAUGAAGAGCACUGUGGAACUUGGAGAUUUAGCUAACAAAAAACUCAGAUGUCUGGAAAAGUGGAGUCUGGACAGCCUUGUGAAGCACCUGUUCCAAAAGCAGCUUCUGAAAGAUAAGUCAGUUCGCUGCAGCAGGUGGGAUGACUUUAUUCUAGCCGAGGACCAGAAGAAAUAUGCAGCAACCGAUGCCUAUGCUGGACUCAUUAUCUAUAAAAAGCUGGAGAAAAUGGAUUCUGGUGGGAUAAAGUUGCAUCUAGAUAUCAAGGAAAAGCUCAUGCAGUUCUCCAGUGAAAUUCAGGAGCUGGCUGGCCAGAUUCCUGAUAAAAUCAGUGACACGAAAAGUGCUGCCGAGCUUGUGGACGGUAUGGCUGAGAAACUGGGGGCUUUAAGACGGCUGGUGUUUGGGGGCAGUUCUCAGGUUACAACAGAAGAAGAACAUGAUCCCGAAUUGUGCAGAGAGAAAACCUGCAGCACCAAGGACACUCAGAAACCUGACGGCAAGACCCAAAGAGCUGCCUUUGAAUGGGGAAUACCUGGAGCCCACGAUCUCAGUCAUUCGAUUGUGAAGCCCGUCAAACUUUCUUCAGGCGACUUAGAACCAGCGGAAGCUGAGAGCAAGCCUCAAGAUUAUAAGUCAGCUUCUAGGGAAUGUGUCAUGUCCCUGGACAUUUCUGAGUACGAGCUUGAUGAGCUGGAGAGGCAGGCUAUGCAGAAAGCUAUGGAAGAAGAGUCUAUAAUGGAGCACCAGGCAGCAGUGGACGAAGGCGCUGACCUGUCCUAUGUUGUUGAAAGUGAUGAAGAACUGGAACGUGAAAUGCUUCAGUGUAUGGAUGAGAUGGACGAGGGGAAAUGUUUGGACAGUGAACUGUGUGGAGGUGACCAGAGCAGAGAGCAGACAGAUACCAUAACGGUCAAGGAAGAGGAGGAGGAUGAUGAAGGCAUUGAGGAAGAGGAGGAGGAGUUUGAUCCUUCUCUCCCUGAACCAAACUCCAAGCAAAUUAAAUGCCUGAAGACUUAUUUUGGCCAUUCCAGUUUCAAACCAGUACAAUGGAAAGUGAUUCACUCAGUGCUUCAGGAAAGGAGAGAUAACCUUGUUGUCAUGGCAACAGGUUAUGGGAAGAGCUUGUGCUUUCAGUUCCCCCCAGUAUACUGUGGAGGAGUUGGCAUUGUCAUCUCUCCUCUUAUUGCUCUCAUGGAGGACCAAGUACUUCAGCUGAAGAUGUCUAACAUUCCAGCAUGUUUCCUUGGAUCAGCUCAGACAGACAAUGUCUUUAUGGAUUUAAAAAGGGGCCAUUUUCGAGUGGUAUACAUGACUCCAGAGUUUUGCUCAGGCAACGCGGCACUGAUCAGACAGCUUGACAGUGAUGUCGGCAUCACACUGUUAGCAAUAGAUGAAGCUCACUGUAUCUCUGAAUGGGGCCAUGACUUCAGGAGCGCUUACAGAAGCCUUGGGUUUUUAAAGAACAUACUUCCUGAUGUUCCUAUUGUGGCCUUGACAGCCACAGCGAGCCCCUCGAUUCGCCAGGACAUCGUGAAAAGCCUGAACCUGGCCAACCCACAGAUCACCUGCACCAGCUUCGACCGGCCCAACCUCUUUCUAGACGUGCGCCGGAAAUCUGGCGACGUCGUCAAGGACCUGAAGCACUUCCUCAUCAGAAAGACGCCAUUGGAUCAUGAAUUUGAAGGCUCUACCAUUGUCUACUGCCCUUCAAGAAAAUUAACUGAAACGGUUUCAGCCGAACUAACAAAACUGGGUGUUACUUGUGGAGCUUAUCACGCUGGUAUGGGAGUCAAGAGUAGGAGGGAGACACACCACAAGUUUGUGAGAGAUGAGAUCCAGUGUGUUGUUGCCACCAUUGCUUUUGGAAUGGGAAUAAACAAGCCUGACAUCCGCAAGGUCAUCCACUAUGGAGCACCAAAAGAGAUGGAGUCUUAUUACCAGGAAAUUGGGCGAGCAGGAAGAGAUGGGUUGCCCAGUACCUGUCAUGUAGUGUGGAGCUCUUCAGACAUGGUUUUAAAUAGGCAUCUCCUGAGCAGUGUAAAAAGUGAAAAGUUUCGAGGAUAUAAGCUAAAAAUGAUGGCGAAAAUGGAGCAGUAUCUUAACUCCUGCAAAUGUAGAAGGAAACUAAUCCUGUCCCACUUCGAGGAUAGACAGCUACGAAAGGUCACCUCUGGCAUCAUGGGGACAAGCAAAUGUUGUGACAACUGCAGAUCAGGGUCAGUAUAUAGCUCUGAUGUAGAAGACAGUGAGCCCAGCCUACAGGACUUUGGGAAGGAAGCCCAUCAGCUAAUGGGUGCCGUCAGUGCUCUGGGAGGAAAGUUUGGCACCUCUGUUCCCAUCCUUUUCCUCCGUGGAUCUCAUUCCCAGCGGUUACCAGACCGAUUCCGCAAGCAUUGCCUGUUUGGCUCUGGGAAAAACAUUCCGGAUACCUGGUGGAAAGCCCUAGCCAGACAGCUCAUCUCCGAACAGUACAUGAAGGAAGACUCUGGUCAGAACAGGUUCGCCACCAUCUGUAGUCUCACUCCGAAGGGCAAGACAUGGCUCAGCAAGGCCAGUAGUGGGACGCAACAAACUCUUCUGCUUCCGCCAAACAGCGAUCUGUACGCCAGGAUCGUAAAUGUGCCAAAGUCACAUCAGAUGUCUUCACCUACCACGUCUUUUUCAUCAGCCAGGCAGCCAACAGUGGCACUACAGAAAUCACCAGCUUCCAGAUUUUCUCCGGCUGACAGCAGAAAAUGUCCCAGCACUGUAAGCUCUGCAACUACAAGGCCACAGAUUUCCUUGUCACUCCAGCAUCCCAGUAAUGUCUCUUUGCCAUCCCACGCACCUCCUGUUUCCCCCCGAGAUCUGGAACUUCAGGGAGUGCUGUAUAGCAAGCUGGUGGCGGGGCGACAGAAGCUGGCCACUGAGAAGGAUAUUCCUCCAGCUGUAAUGGCCACUAACAAGAUACUCCUCGACAUGGCAAAGAUACGGCCUACUACAGUUGAAAAUCUGAAGAUGGUCGAUGGGGUGUCAGAGGCAAAGUCCAGCAUGCUGGCUCCGCUUCUGGAAAUCGUCAGCAAGUUCUGCUGUUCAAAUGGCCUCCAGGUAAACAUGUUAUCCAGCACUCCUUCUUGUCCGGAAAGGGUGAAUUCAGGAGUGCGGCCUGCCUGUGCUGCGCUGUCUGACAGUGUUGAUAUCACAUACAGACUUUUCCAGAAGGAGAAAAUGAGCUUGACAAAAGUGUCUAACAGCAGGGGUCUGCCGCUGGCUGUGGUGGGCUCCCACCUCCUGCAGGCAGUGAAGGCAGGAUGCCCCCUGGACAUGGACAGAGCUGGGCUCACUGCUCACACCAGGAGGGUUAUCACCAAUAUCAUCACAGAUCCCCCCAUCAACUCAGAUGUCAGCAAUUUUAAGGCAAUCAGAAAUUUGGUCCCCGAGGAAAUUGACACUUUCCUUAUUAGUCUGACGGUGGCCUUACUGCAGAAGGAAGGAGACUGUGGACCAGAGAGGGCUGCGUGCUCAGGACUGAAACCGAGUCCCACCCCCUGCAGCAAACAGCUGGAGUGGAUAGAGACAAAGGAGAAGCCUGUAAAGAAAAAGACAUCACGACCCCAUUCUUCUGAGACUUCAGUGAAGAUGGAUGAUUUGGAGAUUGAGGAUGAGCUGCUUAGUGAAAUUCCCAUGCCUGAAGUUGAGGUGAGCAUGAGCCCUCGGGACACUGCCGCCUCCUUCGGUUCAGAGUGUGAUGCAGCACCGAGAGCCAUGAAGAACAACCUUGCAGUCAGCAUGGCCUCCUGGAACCAGGAGCAGCUGGACGAAGACACACAAGAGCUCUUCAGAGACUCGCCACCUAAGGGUUGUGGGGGAGCUGGAGCCUAUUUCGGGGAAACAACGGGCACAAAGAGGGAUACAGCCUAUAUGGGAAACCACUCCGUCACAGGGCAGACACAGACACAGACACACUCACACCACAGCCAAUGUUUCCAGAAGCCAAUUAACCUCCCAGCAUGUCUUUUGUUUGUGGGAGAAAACCAGAGCACAGAGAGGGGACCCCAACGUAAACAGGGGAACAACAAACAAAUUCCAGAUUGCACCCCAGGUCUAGAAUUGAACCAAGAAUCCCAGCGCGAUGAGACAGCAAUGAUAUUACUGCCACCACUGCCCCAUUAUUGCCAACGCCUGUUAUUGACUUGAUUAUUUUUAUU